CUCGCCUGAUCUCGCCGUCGUCGUCAGGAUCGUUGACGCCGUCAGACUCGGCUUUGUCGACAUCUUCGGCUUACCGCACGAGUCUGCCCCCGGUUUCGUCUCGCAUUGGCUUUGCUCGUCAUGGAAUACCCUGAUCUCGCGUGGUCUCUCGUUCUAGUCGCACUCGGCCUCGUAGUCCUUGGGCCCGUUCGCCACCAGGUCGAACGCGUGAGGAGCCUCAAGGACUUGCCCCAGCCCCCCGUGCCCAGCUUCCUCGUCGGCCACGUCCUCGACGUGCGCAAGGCCCGCGUUGGGACCCGGUACAACGUCUGGGCCCAGACAUAUGGACCCACGUACAAGCUCCGCGGGCCCUUCCUGGAACCUCUCCUCGUGCUCGGAGACCCGAAGGGAGCGUCUUACGUCCUGACCAAGAACGCAGCCAACUUUCCUAGACCGGAGCUCGGUCGCAUCGCUCUCCAAGUAUGGUUUGGGAAAGGCUUGUUCUGCGCCGAAGGCAUGUCGUCUACAGACGUCUAGCGUAGGGCGCCUGCGUUGCGUGGAGUCGCGCUGAUCCUCAACAAGGUGACGAGCAUAAGAGGCAGAGGAAGAUGCUCAACCGGCCUUCUCGGCUCAAUCUAUCGAAGACGUCUCGCACGUCUUUUUCGACUUGGCCCACCGCCUCGUCGCUCGGUGGGAGGCUCGUCUCGAUGGAAAAGAAUCGGCCGUUUUCGACGUCGCCGCCACCGUCCACGUCCUCACAAUGGACGCCAUCAGCAUGACCAUGUUCAUGCACGACUGCAGCGCCUCGGGAAGCGAGAUACGCGACCUGCUCCACAAGAUCACCAACGCUCCCGGCGCCGGAGACGACGUCGGCGUGGGCACCAUGCUCGCCGGUGCCGUCAUCUCCAAGGUACCGCGCCUGUUCCCGAUCCUGCCGAGCCCGAUGAAAAAGUGGGCGGACCACCUCCGCACCCGGUUGGGUUCCGUGGCGGAGCGUGUGUGGCAGGAGGGCGCGACGAGCUCGAACAUGGACGCCAAGAUACUCGACCUUCUCGACAAGCAAGGCAAAGAUUCGGAGGAAGGAUUGACGAAGGAGGAGGCGAUCGCUCAGAUCAUCGGAAUACUCUUCGCCGGAUCCGAGACGGUGGCCAACGUCAUUUCGGAGCUGUUCCUCGAGCUGGCCCGCCAACCCCGGAUCCAGGACAAGCUUCGCGAUGAGCUCCUCGAGUUCGAGCGAAGGACCGGCGGUCCUCCCAAGUUGGACGACCUCACCAGCCCCACCGCGCUCCCGUACCUCGAGGCCGUCACCCGCGAGGUCCUGCGCGUCAAGGCCGUCCUCAUGGUCAUCAGCCGCGCGGCGGCGGGAGACGACGUGAUUCCGCUGCAGUACCCGGUGCCGGGCACGGGAGCCACCGAGCUGCACGUCAAGGCCGGGCAGUCGAUCAUGAUCCCCGUCAGGGAUGGCGUCAACGUCGACCCAAAGCUCUGGGGGGACGACGCCGCCGUUUUCCGCCCGGAGCGCUGGCUGGAGCCCGAUGGCCUGCCGGAGGGCGCAAGGAGCAUCAGGGCGCAAGGACACACGCUGACCUUCGGCGACGGGCCGAAGGUUUGUCUCGGUCGCAACUUCGCUCUGGCAGAACUCAAGAUCAUCGUCAGCGUGGUGACAGUACGGUUCCGAUUCGAAGAAUCCGGGGCGCAGUUCGAUUUCUACCACCUCGGCGGUAACACGGUGAAGCCGACGGUGCGGGGCAGUGAAGCUGAGGGCGUGCAGCUGCCGUUGAGAGUGCACCGGCUGUGA